UGGCGGUUGGGGCGGCCGCUCCCACCACAGCGGCAAGAAUGUUGGUGACUAGAUUUUUGGGCCUCACUGGCAAAAGUGCCGUUUCCUCCUCCGUGUGCUCCAUGCGAGCACGUGGAAAUGUGAAGAGUGGAGACUAUGCUCUGCCAAGUUGUGUCGACCGGCUCCACUAUCCCUUGCCUGAUGUGACCUACGUCAAGAUUUUCUCCGCCAGCCGGAUGGCCUUGAAAGAAAAGGAGGAGGACCCCUGGAGCAGCUUCUCCAUGGCUGAAGAUGUUGAAUUGUGCCUCAUUAAGUUCAGCGAGAACUUUGCUGACAGGAACAGGAGCACGAACAAGUGCAAGCCGGCUGUGGGCGCCGCCAUGUUCUUCUGGGGAGCCCACUCCAGGUCUGAUCUGAGAAAAGCGCUGUGUGUACGGCCCGUUCCUACACAUCUCUGAAGGGUGGCCAAGCCGACCCAGAGGAUGUUGGACGUCAGGGCUUCUCAGCCAAGUGGGACUGUGACAAGAAAAAAUAGACGAAAUAAGCACCCUCUGCUCACGCAUCUGAGGCUCACCUUGUUCUGCCACCUCCAUGCAGUUCAGCGUUAUUUACUGGAAACUGUUGUGUUGUAGUACGAAUGCUAUUAAGGGAGCAGUUUAUGUGGAAGAAAAAAUAAACAGCCAGCAUUCACAGUGCUGCUUCCCUGGCCCCGUGGUUGGCCUAGGCUGCACACCGCCCCUCACCCCUCCAUGCACCCCUCGCCUACUCCCCAUGCCUUAAAAAUCGUUAUUAUUGCAAUCCCAAAGCUCCGUGCCCAGGACUGCCAAUAACGCUAACAUCUUUUGCCUCUACUCGCAAGAGGGUAAGCCAUGCCUGUGGUUUUGAAAUCUCACAGACCAAAGCUCUUCUGUUUCUAUGCCCAGGCUCUGUUUCCUCUUCUCUCAUCAAGUGUAGCUUUUCUAUCAUCCAGGUGUCAUAAGGUUUGGUGAAAGGCAGUGGAAGGAGGCUCUCAUCCCAGUGGAGAAUUCGAGAAGUUGGUAAUUCUCCAGGUAGUUAAUGAGGACUGUGCUAGACACUGGGAACGCCUUUGGAAUGUUAAACAAAGUGGCUUUUAUUCUGGUCGUCUUGCGCCUGCUGCUUCCUCACAACAAAGGGACUUACUGUGCUCUUGAUGGGUGGGUCUGAACAUCACUUGUCCAACACAGCCCCAGGCCUGCCUUCAGCCUGUUGAGUUUGCCUCUUCGCAGAGGGUUUCUGAUGGAAAAAGGACAAGACCUUUAUUUUAAGACUCAUAAAUACCAAAAACUCCCUUUCCAGUCACUGACAUUUAAAUGCUAUACUAUUUGUCUAUAAGCCCUGUCUUUAUCUAGGUCAUUUGCCUUGUCUUUGAGCCAUUCCCUAGCUGCUUGUGACUCAGAGUGGUCUGAAUGCUAGACAUCAGCUAGAAAUGUGGUAGAAAUGCAGACCCUGAGGCCCUAUCUCAGACCAACUGGAUCAGAAUUUAGAAUUUCCCUUUUCAACAAGAUCCCAGGUCUUUGCUCUAGUCUAUAAAACUGUAAAAGACUGAAUGAUUCUGUUCAUGAUGACAACCCAGCUGUCUCUGAGAAGGACAUUGUUUGUCACAAAACGCAGUCAUCCAGGAGUGGGGAGACCUGGCUUCUAGUCCUAACUUGGCUACUAACUCACUGAGCGGCCUUUGCCAAGUCACUUAACCAUUCUGGAAUCUUGGAUUGAGCUGAACUCCUGACUCUCCAAGUGUCUGCUCUGAGGACAGAAAAC